GCUUCGUCUCCUGACUCUUCCGCGACUUCUCCUGAUCCUGGUGUGUCCGUUAUGGUUUCAAGUCCAAUCAGCCCUGUUGACAGGGCUAUCACUGCCGACCUCUCUGCCGCUGACGACAUCCUGGGUGGUGACUGGGAAAGCUUUGACAUGGAGCUUGAUGGCAAUCUCGAGACUGUCAGCGAGAGCAAUCCAAUCAGCGAGAGGCGAAGAUACAGAAGAUGCAGUGGAUGUGGAUUGUUUCGAUGCUUCCGAUAUCUCUUUGAAAACGCUCGUAAGCAGUCUACGGAUUUGCAUGGUUCUUCUGACUCGGAGGAGGGGGACCAAGAUCCAAGGCCCAGGAGGGAUCUUAUUGAGGAAAGUGAGCGAGACUACCGCAGUGAAGUUGCUGCGUGGCUGGCAGAGAAGAUGUUUGCAGAUGCCCGGUAUGUCCUGCAGAACGAAAAAGAUGAGCUCCAAAGUGAGUUGAGAGAGGGAGGAGAGCUCAAGAAGCGCCCACAGGAAGUCGAUGAUGUUUCCUAUGAGCAACAAAUAGCAGCAAUGACUUUUUUGGGUCCGCGAGAUUCUGUCUUCUGAGAACUCCUUUUCUGUAAAUGUGCACAGCAAUUUCUUGAGGGUUCGGAAAGAGGUGAUGAGAUUGGCAAUGUUGAGUAGACUGCCGGAUGAAAAUGAUAUCAAAGGCUCUCGCUUGCUGGAGGAAGCAUGGAAGGAUUACUUUGCAGCAAUGAGCAUGGCCGAUCAAUACAAGCUUCUAUGUCGAAGACUGUUUUUGCUGCAGCUUCUUUUUGGAUUUCUAAUGAGUGCUGUGACCGCAUUUCGUGCUGACAGACAGAUGAUGUCCCGUAUGGCCCAAUUGCAUUUUGCUUAGGACUUGCAGCCUCAGCCCUCAUUUCAUUCAUGGACCCUGGGAUACUAAUACAGGGCUACUAUUCACUUGAGGAUCCCAACAUAGAAAAAAAUAUAUAAAAAUAUUGAAUAUAAGGAAACAUAUGAAAACCUAGGGAAAAAUAUAAAAAAAUACAAAAAAAUACAAAAAAAAUAUUUCAACAUAUAGCACAAGAGGCCAAGGAAAUGUCAAACAAUGUAUCUCUGUGUCCACCCAAUCUGCCCACAAUUCUUUUCACUUCCUCUGGUAGACAGUCUUGUCAGGUAGUGAUUUAAUCACUCCCUGCAAUGCUGUGAACAAAGACUCUUCAACUUGACCUGGCUCUUGUGCUGACUUCCCUUCAGGAAGUUCUAGAUUCAGAUCCAUGGCUAGGGACCACUUUGUCCAAGCCCAAUGGUGUAUUGUCUUCAACUUCUCUUGCCAAUCACUUUCUGAUUCAGCAUUGAAAGACCUUGAACAGCUUUGCUGUUUGUAUUGGCCCUCCCAGUGGACAGAACGCUCAGUUUUUCUGAAAGAAACUGUCCACCUGUGGUCAUUCUUAUUCAAUGAGAACCUGAAUCCUGGGCCAUCCAAGCAACUCAGUACAUC